AUUCCCCUGACGGCCCUCGCGAGCCCAGCGAUGUCCGGCGACGAACGAUGUCCGACUCGGUUCGACUUCGGUGUCAGGCUCGGCCUUGUGUUCAUCGUGGAGACGGCGUGCCUGUCCGCCAUCGCGAGCGCCGCGCUGCUAGUAUACAUUGGCUACAGCGCAGCCAAGAUCAGGCGGAACGCGGCGAGGAAGUGGACUGUCACGACCCACGUGCAUUGGUAUUUUCUCAGUCUCCUCGUGUCAGAAUUGAUUCAGGCCAUAGGAGGGAUCAUAAAUGUGAAGUGGAUCGCAGAUGCAGAAGUAACGCAGGGUGGUGUGUGCACUGCACAAGGCGUUCUCAAACAGUCUGGCGACGUCGGUGUCGCCCUAGCAGUGCUUGCAAUUGCUCUGCACACAUUCUUUACUCUGGUUUUCCGAUGGAGGCCAGAUCCAGCAAGCAAGCUUCCCCUCCUCGUGGUCUCAGCUAUCUGGAUUGCUAUCGCCCUCAUCAUCGGAAUAAGCUUUGCGACCCACCGGCAUAAGGUUUAUUAUGGAGAUACACAGUACUGGUGUUGGAUCACCUCCGAGUACCCAGUACAACGCAUCGUCCUAGAGUAUCUGUGGAUGUGGAUCACAGCCUUUGUCAACAUUGCUCUCUAUAUCCCCAUGGCGCUCGCCAUCCUCUACGAUGCUACUGUCGCUGUUAACGGAUGGCAUGUACGCAUUGUCAAGAACCCUAAGACAUAUCGCGAUGACCGCCGACUCGAGAUGAGGAUAGCGAUCAAAAUGCUCGUGUAUCCUGCAGUCUACACCAUCACAGUCCUCCCCAUCGCCAUCUGCCGUUUUCUCGGCUUCGACUCCCAGGGCUGCAGCCGCGUGCCAUGGCCGGCGACAGUCUUCGCCGACCUCAUCUUCGCGUCCUCGGGCUUCUUCAACGUCCUUCUUUACACCGUUACGCGCCCAAACCUCCGCCCGCACCGCAAAACCCCCGAGCGCUCCACGCUUAUGCUCACCCCACACUCCGAUCCCGGAACGGCCUCUUCGACUCUCUCAAAAAGAGGGGGCAGCUAGGCAAUUGAGUCCAGGACGAGCGACCUCGAGCUGCGUGUGCCUCAAACGACAUCAUGACUAUAAAUGUACCAUGUGUGACAUAUCAUUGAUCUAUAGACAUCUCAAGACGGUCUUGAAGCCGUACAAGUUGUACAAUGC